AUGAAACGCCAAUCUAAGGAUACAUAUUUUACUUUGAAAAUUUUCCAUGGAGGGGAAAUGAUUGAAGUAAUUACAAGGUAUUAUCGUGGGGAGUUUGUUGAUUAUUUUGAUGGAGUUGAUGAGGAAAAGUUAGCUCAGACUGAAAUGAAUGAUGUCGCCAAACAAUUAGGUUAUGAGGAGCAGAAUAUUAGGUUUUGGUAUCAAUAUGGUAAUUCUUGGUAUGAGGGAGCAAAAGUCUUGAUUAAAAAUUCUGAUGUGCUUGAUAUUCUUCAGUUUAUUCCUCAGAAUAGUGAGGUUCUUACUCACAUUGAACAUUCAAACCGUCCACAACCUAAUAAACCUCGUUUGCAAGAAGAUGAACCUGAGACUGAUAUUGAUAAUUCCUUUCUUGAUGAAAUUUACAACAUAAAAGCCCCUGAAACAGAAGCCCACCCUGACCCUUCUGGCAGAGUUCUGAACCCAAAAGAAACGUUGGGAGCUGAUGUUAGUUCUAGUUGCAAAGCAUAUGUAAAACAUGCCAUUGAGACUUACUGCUUUAAGGGUGGGAAGUCAAUUUGCUCUGACACUGAAUGA